AUGAAUUUAGCAUCAACAACAAUACAAAGAAUCAACUAUUUGUUAUCAGAACAACCAUCAAUUACAUCAUUUCAAUGGAGUCCAAUUAUAUUAGGGUCAACAUGGUCAUUUCUCAUUUUAUCUAUUUCCGCUUUUAUCCUCACCUCCACCACCCUCCACCUCUUCCUCCUCCUUAUACGGCGGCGCCGCCCUAUCCCUCUCGGACCUAUCCCCGCCCUCCAUAGCCUUUCCAUGUCGUUAAUCUCCGCCACUAUUUUCCUCGGAAUGUUAUCCUCCGCUGUCGCGGAGAUCCGCGACACGCGGUGGAUAUGGCGGCGUUCGAAAACGCCGCUCCAAUGGCUACUCUGUUUCCCGAUCGGCACGCGCCCUUCCGGGCGCGUGUUCUUCUGGUCUUAUACUUUUUAUCUCUCUCGUUUCCUUCAUAUUUUUCGCACAUUCUUCACUAUAAUACGGCGUCGUAAUUUAUCGUUUUUUCAAAUUUUCAAUCACUCGAUUCUCAUUUGUAUGUCGUUUUUAUGGCUUGAAUUUUCACAGUCUUUUCAAGUUAUAGCGAUUUUACUUAUGACUUUAGUUUUCGCUUUGGUCUAUGGGUAUCGAUUUUGGACGGAAAUCGGGCUCAGAAGAGCCCGAUUUCCGUUCGUGAUGAAUUGUCAUUUGGUGUUUUUGGGGUGUAAUUUGGCUUGUCAUGUUGGAGUUCUUUUGUUGCAUUUUUAUAAAGGUGGAUGUAAUGGAAUGGGAGCUUGGUUUUUUAAUUCAAUGCUUAAUGAAUUUUUGCUUUUAGUGUUUUUGAGAUCAUAUGUUAAAACAUACUAUUUGAUUAGAAGAAAUUACUUUAGUGUUGUUGAUUCAUCAAUUUCUGAAGUUGAAGAUUUUGUAAUAACUUCACGGACAAGUAAAAAGGAUUUGUGA